CCUUCUCCAAGGGAUAACUUCACAGUUCAGUCUGUCGUUCUCUGGCUGAGCAUAUGGUGUCUGGGUGCAGAAGAGGAACAUUAUGGAAGAUAAUAAUAGUUACCUGGGUGGCCCCCUCCCCCUCGCCGCUCUGAGACUCCUGGUCCCCCCGAUACGACUGGUCUCAGCAGCCAUCUGGCGCACCGUCCAGCAGAAAGUUGUGGCUGAUUAUGGGAUGCUUGAGGAGUUUGUUUCCAUGGUUACAGACAUAGUUCCAGAGCUACUCACCACUCGCCAGAAGGCCCAACUUCUCCUGGGCCUCAGAGCACGGCUGAUUCUGGAGCUGUGUCAGUGUGAAGCCACAGCUGGCUGGGAGCUGCUCCAGCCACACCUGGACAGAGUGCAAACGCUUAGCCAGGCAUGGGCCGUGGAGGCUGGUGUUGCAAAUAUGGAAGGGCCACACUCCAAAUUUGUGGAUCUAGUGUAUAACUUGCUGACAAAUCCCGACGAAAGGGGACGCUUCUUUCAGACAGUUUUCCCUGAAGAGUUUGGUCCCACUUAUGACGACGCCCUUCACACCUUGAUGUGGAUGUUUCUGUCCAGACUGGAACAGUUCCUUCCUCUUCAGACUUUCCAACAGGUUGUGUCCACGUUUGGCGAGGUGUCCUCAGUUCUGGAGGAAUGUAUGGACUCAGUGUCUCGUUGUGAAGAGCUCCGAACCCUGCUGCAGUAUCAUACAGGCCUCAGCCAGCUGGAUCCCAAUGAUAGGUCCGUGGAUGGCGCCUUCAUUUUUUCAGCUCUCAAACUCCCCUCUGUAGAAAGAAGCGCGACAGAUAAACCACACACCAACAUCUGUGAUACUGUGCUGUCAUGCACAUCAGGGUUGGAGACGGAAUCUUUAACACGGUCUCAUACGACACAGGCAAACACGGAAACAACCACAGAACAUCAGACCAGUGAGAUAACGGUUGAUGCAACUAACUGGACUCCUGGUGGGAAAGGAACCAAGGUGCUUUUAGAAGAUACAACAAGAAAUGAAGAAAAUGUAGGCCUUGUUCAAAGCCAAGUGGAGGAUGCUCCUCGCCUUCUAAAACAAUGCCGUGUUCAGCUAAAAAGACUGGACACGCCGCUGUCUUUGCAGUCUCGACCUGUGAGACAAAACCGAGGCCUGAGGAUGAAAAGCAUUCUGUUGGAAGAGAAAAGAAGUCUCUGUGAAGACGCCUACAAAUCAGCUUCUAGGAAAACCCAACCCUCCAACAGGGCUCCUUUACACGUCUCGGACCAUGAGGAAUCAAGCAGCUUGAGCAAAGACGAAGACUUGUGUACGGCUCCAAUCAAUAUUUGCAGUGAAGACAACUCAUGGUCUUACUACUCCGAUGACGACUCUUGCCAUAAGACUACUAGUAGUAGUCUGAGUACAUCUGAUUCAUGGUCCAACUAUUCUGAUGAGUCGUCCUUUGUGACUCCUGCCAGUAGUUCUACUGAAGGAGAUUUGUUGUCAAAUGGGGGCCCUUCCUUCAUCAGUCCUAAAGAUGUGUCAGCUACCAGAAGGAAGCCGGGGAUCUCCAACAUCAAAGCCAGCACGCCAAAAAAGCAUCGAGACGUCCAGUGUUUUAUCUGCAGGAAGCAGGUGAAUACAAGCCUGAGGGCUCACAUGGAAACCCACUUCCCCACGGGGGAUUACGCCUGCCCUCGAUGCGACGCCAGGUUCAAACUCUUCUCAUCUUUUAAGCUGCACCUGAACAGAACCUGCUUCGAGUACAGUCAGCAGCACGUCGAUCCGCAGAAGCCGGACGAGGCCAUGAAUCUCAACAAAUGCGACAAAUGCCAAGAGGCGUUCAGGUACAAACUUUCACUGCAACGGCACAAACUGACCCACAACGAUCUCUACUGCAGUGUGUGUAGGAAGGUGUUACGGGACGCAGCGACGUUGGCAAGGCACAAGGCGUCUCACACCCUGUUUCAGUGUAGCCGCUGUGAGGAGGCCUUCUCUGUUUUUAAGCCCUUGCUCAGGCAUUGCGAAAACAUCCAUAAAAUAAGCAGGCCGUUUAAAUGCAACCAUUGUCCGAAAAUUGUAUCCAAGCUGCGCAUCUUAAUUGCACACGAGUGGAAACAUACGGGUCAUCUACCGUUCCAGUGUGCUCAGUGUGGCUUGAGAUUCAAAAGUGACGGAGAUCUUGUUUCCCAUGACAGAGUCCACACGAGGGAGAAACCCUACCUGUGUGCUGAGUGCGGCAAGACUUUCUCCCAAAAGUCCAACCUGUUGCGGCACUUGAAUUUGAUCCACGGCGAGUCUCGAAAUGAGAAGAAAUAUUCUUGCACGGAGUGUGAGAAAUCCUUUAAAGAAAAAGGAGCCCUGAAAAAACACCAGAGGACCAAACACUUGAAUGAUUGUUCCGUCAUCCGUGCCCGUACUGUGGAAAGAUGCUCUCAGCGUCAACUAUCGCUAGACAUAAGUUAA